AUGUUGACCUUUGCGAGCGAAAACCGGCACGGCACAUUGAUGGAGUUCCUGGGAAGAGACCUUAGCGAUCCGGUGAGUAGCGGCGAGAAUUACGGCUAUGGGAUGGAUGGCUCCUCCCCGGCGGCGGUGGAAUCGCCCGGAUCGUCCGGCCUCACGCUGGAGGAGCUCAACAGCUUGAUGAUGGACGAGAAUGGCGGUGGCGAGAGUGCUAUGGCAGGAUCCACCAUGAUCAAGGAGCUCCAGGAGCUCAUUCUCUAUGAUUCCCCGUCGCCCUCUUCUUCUUCGUCGCAGCAGCAGCAGCAGGCAGUGACCGUGGCCACUAGCGCCAGCGAUUGGAGCUCACUGGAUGGCUUAUCGAUCAAGAGCUGGACGAGCGAGAUGAUAGUGGGCGAGGAUCAGGAGGUCUCGUCGUCCUCUUGCAACACAAUGGUGAGGAGCAGCAGCCAGGAGCUCUCCAGCUCCGAUUCCCCCGGGAGCUUCGCGAAUUUGCGCGAUCUGACCCCGACCCACGUCGCGGAUCGCCAGGAGCUGCAUGGGUUCUCGUCCGACCGAGCGGAUUUGGUCGGCAUUCUCCAGGAAGUGAUCGCCUCUCACCUGGCCACGGACAAAAGGAACAGCCAAGAGAAGCCCGCUGCUACUGCGAUCAAUCGAAAGAAGCGAAACAGCGCAGCCACAUCGGAGGAGGAAGACGCGGUGGAGGGGCUCAAGACGGUGAUCAAGAUCCGACGGCAGGGAUCCGAGACCGCCGACAAAUCCAACGGCCACAAUCCGCGCUUAUACUCCGUGUCGCGCGACAUCAUGACACUGCUCCACGACUGCGCCCACGCCGUGGCGGUACGCGACGUGGCCAACGCUAACAGCCUGGCGGUAUCCAUCCGGCGCCAGCACGGCGCGUCGCCCACCGCCGCGGACCCCGCGCGGCGCGUCGCCUACUACUUCGUGGAGUCGCUGCUGGCGCGCGUGCUGGGCACCGGUACCGCGCUGGCUGCCGCCACGGCAUCCAACUCUGGCGGCCCGGACGUCAUGGAGAGAGUCUACGAGUUCCGGCUCCACGCCACGCCCAGCCCGCUGGUGCCACACUUCGUCUCCACCUCCACGAUCGUGGCGGCUGCGCAGGGCAAGCGAUUCCUCCACAUUGUCGAGAUCGGCAUGGCGAGGAAUCGCUUCCAGUGGUCGCUCCUCCUCCAGGCGCUGGCGCACCGCCGCGACGUACCGUUGCGCCGCCUCCGCGUCACGGCAGUAGAUUCGCCCCAGCACAAGGCGCUGCUCGCCCAGCUUGCGCAGCGCAUCAUCUUUGAAUCCUCGCGCUUGGGAUUGGAGGCCGAGGUCGAGCUGGAGAUCGCCGACGCGCACGCCUGGGAGGCUGUUCUCCCGCGGAUCGUGCCGCGCGCCGCCCCGGGCGAGGUGCUCGUCGUGAAUGCCCUCUUCGCGCUCGACUUCCUCGAGGACGAGACGGCGGUACAGGCGCGCAGCCCGCGGCGCGCCGUGCUGUCCGCGCUGCGCCGCAUGGACCCGGCGGUGCUGGUGCUGGGCAUCAACCACGGGUACCGCGCGGUACCGCAGUUUAGCUUUCUGGAGCGCUUUGUGCAGGCGGUGACGCGGUUUAACGCCAAGUUUGACGCGGCGUUGGAGUGUGGGUCGGGCGGCGCCCAGGCGGCGGGCCGCGCGGCAUACGAGGGCCAGUUCUUGGGGCCCGAGAUACUUAACUUGGUGGCGUGCGACGGUAGUGACCGGCUGGUUAGAACAGCGCCUUGCGAGGAGUGGGAGCGCGCGAUGGUUGGCGCUGGAUUCGUGGCGCUGCCGCUGGAGGAGAGCACGGUUUUGAGAGCCCAGGCGAUGAUGGGGAACUACAGCCGGAACUUUGAGCUAGAUUACAGCGAUGGAUGGAUCAAGUUGGCGUGGAAGAAGGUGACGACGCAGUGCGUUUCGGUGUGGCAGCCCCGCAGGACAAUUCUACCUCGAUACUUACUGAUAGAUUGA